AUGUCCUCACGUAAGAUGGGUCCACCCCCUGGUCGACGAGCGCUAACUGUACGCAACACUCAGUGGUCAAAACAAUUCUUACAAGAGCUUGCUAGUUGGGAAUUUCGACGAAGGCCAGGAUGGAGCAACCUCGAAAAUGAUAUUCUCCUAAAGUAUCUAAGCUACAAGCUUAUUCCUGGAGGAAUGCUAGAUUACACAGAGUGUUUGGAACAUUGGCGUCGCAUGUACAACUAUGAUAUCUCAUCACCUUGUCCAAGAUUAGUGCUUGGCUUUCAACGAUUUUGGCCUGGCAAAGUGCGAAUUUACAGAAAGGCUCAUGGAUGGGCAAGAGAAGCAUUUGUGUCUAGUAACUUUUGGACAGACAGUGAUUUCAUGCUGCAUGAUUGGGAGGAAGAUAGCGCGGAAGAUGUAUGGAUAAGCCCAUACCAUGAUGAACACGAUCCCUCGGUUUGCGCGGUCAAAGAAAAAGGAUGGAAGUGGUUACCAAACAAAUAUAUAAACAGUUCCGUGGUGAGGUCUGAUUUGCGGGCUUUAGAAGAGAUGAUUCGCCAAAACUACCGUAAUGACAAAAUAGUUAGUCACAUGCUAGUUGAACUCGAGGUCUGGAAAUGUUAUCCACAUUGUGAAGAAGAUUGA